AUAUCUUGCUUUGAUACCAAUGAACGAAUCGUUCCAAAAACAAUUCAGCAAUGAACAUGGCAAGUACGUCGUAGUUAUGUCAGACAUGGUACUGACCUCUAUGUUUACGUAUUUCCGGAAUACAUACCAACGAACCCUGCAGCUUCAAAGUAAUAUAUCACUCCACAGUCCGAUAGCCAGGGAUGUCUCCGAARCGACUUUUGCUUUUAGCAUUUCUUAGUUGUUUUCAAAUCCAUCCUCUGUAUAGYGAAGAUUUAGACGAAGUCGAGUCACAGGAAAGCCAGUUACCGCAUUAUUUGCGGGACGAUGGAAUCCGACGCGUUGCUAGUUUGACCAAAGACAACUUCGCUAACACAUUGAAGCAUAGUAGACUUGCUGUGGUUUUGUUUUAUUUGACAUCAAAAGAUCACCCUGAGUCCGAAAAAGCCUGGGAAUCCGACGAAAAAUUGUUGGAGCUUGUUGGACGAGUUCUUCAACCACAGGGUAUCACUGUUGGGAAGGUUAAUAUUGAGCAACAGUAUGAGCUAGCCCAAAGUGUUGGAAUUAGGUAUGCUGGGUCAAUAGUGAUAUUCCAUAAAGGAAAACAAGUGGAUUACUUAGGUCACAGGUCAGCUGAUAUAUUGGUUACUUUUCUUCAUAAGAUGCUAGAACAACCAAUUACUACCAUUGAUACCAAAAAGCAAAGAAAACUAUUUGAUGAAAUUGAAAGCAGCAAAGUGGUUGGCUUUUUUGACAAAAGCAGCUCUCAGUAUAAAGAAUAUCAUGAAGCAGCAAUGAACUUUCAGCCAUUAAUACCAUUUUUUGUAGUCACAGAUAAAAAGCAAGCCAAACAAUUUAGAUUGAAAAAAGUUAAUACCCUUCAGUUUUACAAGCCAUUUGAAAAGCCAAUUGCCUUCCCAUCUAAUAAGGCAAUUACAGAAGACAAUAUAAAAGAUUUUAUAGAAAAGAAUAAAAAAGAGAUUCUUGCAAAAAUUAAACUGGAAAACAUACACGCCGUGUGGUCUGCUAAAGCUAAAGGUUUUCUGAUCACUGCAUUUGUUCGACCAAAAACAGAAGAAGGUGCAAAGUUUUUUUCUUUAGUCAAGAACCUGGCAAGAGGCUUUAAAGAAAAUGACAAUCUUACAUUUGUGUGGGUUGAUCCAGAUCCUUUCCCAAUGAUGCGUGAAUAUUGGCAAAAGUCGUAUAAAAUAGAUGUGACUAAACCAUCUCUGGGUGUUGUAGAUCCAAAACAGAAUCGUAGUUCAUGGUUAAAAACWAAAGGUAAAGAAAUUAAACUCAAGCAUAUGCAGCAGUGGGUACGUGAUGUACUGCGAAACAAAGUAGAAUUUCUUACAGCUGAUGAUAAAGUUCAAGAAAAACACUCAAAUACAGCUGAACAUCAAGCAAAUAAAAAUGAAUUAUAACUUAGGCUUAAAAUAUAUUGAUAGUUCUGCUUGUUGAAUUAAUCAUUGUAUUUUUUUAUAGUAGGCAAUUGAAAUUAGCUUUYGAGAAUUCCAGUUUUUAAAAUUGAUAAGGUAAUUAAGCAUCUAAUACUAUUUGACAAUUAUGAACUAGAAUCAGAGUUAGCAGGAACUAAUAUGCUUUAACAGUACAGUAUUUAAUAGUACACUUGUCAAUAUAGGUUUAUAAUCAUGGUAUUAUUCUAUAUUUGAGGUAUUUCAUUAUUGGAUAUUAAUUUGUUUUGCUGGUGUCUGAAUGGUAUUUCUAAAAAAAACCUUUUUUAUUAUAAUGUUUCAAAUGAAUAUAUGCCCUUCAUGAAGAAUUCUUUAUUAUAAUUUCUAUAUUAUAUACCUUCACUAAUGUUGUAAUAAAUAAUGUUAAAACAUAAUUAUCAUUACAAAACUAAUAGGUUUCAAUUAUUAGCUAGCUAAAGUMAUUUCUAACAUUAUUAUAUAUAAUUGUAACAUCAUUUCUUUACUGCCAGUUUUAUUGGCAUAGUUUUGAGUACAGAAUGGAAAUUKUACAUUUUUGUGAUAUCAGUUAUUCUUGACUGCCAAUUUUAGUGCUGCAAUAGUCUGAGAGUGUAGUAAUUAAAAUUAUGAAAAUACAAUAAUUGUAUAAAAA